AUGGUCUCUCAGUCGUUUCAUGUCGUCAAGAGCGUCUCUGCAGGUCGGUGCAUUCAACUGCCACCUUGUACUUGUCCCAAGGUUGUUUUAAGCAAAGAAGCGCGAGCUGCACUCAUAUACAGCCGACAGGAGAAGUCUCGUCAAUUCAGAGACGCCUUCAAUGACACCUGGAACCAGCUUGAUGAGGCCACAAAGACCAUUGCUGUGUCUCACCACAAAAGUGUAUGCUACGUGCAAAAUGACUUGUAUAUUGGUCAUGGUUUGCUUCGCUCAAGGCAUUCUAAGCUGAAUGCAUGGAAUGCGUUCUGCUGGAAGAAAAACCAAGAGACCAAGAACCGUAAUCAGGGCCAAGGGGCACUUGAAUUACUCGUCCAUGAACAUCGGGAUGAAUACCUUCGACUUUCGAAGGAUGAGCAAGACAAUAUACUUGCAGAGUAUGCCGAUUGGAAAAUGACAAAGGUUACUGGCCUCCGUGUCUCAGAAAAGUUCAAGAUAAAUGACAUUACUCAAACUCUCAAAGCUGUCAAAAAUGAGCUCAACAGCCUCAACUGUUGCACAGGUGCAGAGACCAUUCUGUAUACAACACGUGGCUCUACAGAUCUCCUUCUGCGAGGUGUCACCUUUGCCACCAAAGGUGUCCAACACUUCAUGAGUUCUGUCAUGGGGAUCGACAAUCAAGAUCUAGUCAGCAAGAUGGAAGGUUUUGCAGUGCAAGGGAUGAAAGGUUUGAAUGUUUUUCUAGUCUUCUGCAAGGUAUUUGACUCAUAUGCAUUGAUAGAACUCAUCACUGGUGAUCCUGAUGCCAGGAUGCAGUGGACACAUUAUUUUCGUAAUGUUGUUCAGCACUAUCAAGUCGCCAUUGAGGGCUGGCCGGACAACAUUACAUUCACUAACCUUAGUCAAGCCUCGAGUGCACGUCCCGACCUCGAGAUGCUUUACUCAAAGUGGGAGUCAAAACAAAUCAAAUGGAAGGUACUGGCUGAUGAGGAGUUCGAGGAGCUUUAUUCAAAAUGCCAGGGGCAGAUUGACAGAGGCAAGAUCAUUGAUCACUGUCAGUGA